UCGACAGAAUCGUGGGUCUGGACCAGGUUGCGGGCAUGAACGAGACGGCGUUUGGCGCCGCCUACAAGACGAAGAAGGGCAUGUUUCGCACCGUGGGGCAGCUGUACAAGGAGCAGUUAUCCAAACUGAUGGCCACGCUGAGGAACACCAAUCCCAACUUUGUCCGCUGCAUCAUCCCCAACCACGAAAAAAGGGCUGGUAAACUGGACCCCCACCUGGUCCUGGACCAGCUCAGGUGUAACGGAGUCCUGGAGGGGAUCCGUAUCUGCAGACAGGGCUUCCCCAACCGCAUCGUCUUCCAGGAGUUCAGACAGAGGUAUGAGAUCCUCACUCCCAACGCCAUUCCCAAAGGCUUCAUGGACGGCAAGCAGGCCUGUGAGAGAAUG